CUCGGCGGCGCGGGCCCAGGACUGAGCAGCUAGGCGCGAGCGAAAACAAACAGCUGGGGCUGCGAGCGCCCCCGCCCCGGCCCCGAGAGCACGCCGGCCCCGUCCCCCACCCGGGGCGCCCGUCUGCCCACCAUGAGAAAGAUCCGCGCCAAUGCCAUCGCCAUCCUGACCGUAGCCUGGAUCCUGGGCACUUUCUACUACUUAUGGCAGGACAACCGAGCCCACGCAGCAUCCUCCGGCGGCCGGGGCGCGCAGAGGGCCGGCGGGAGGCCGGAGCAGCUCCGCGAGGACCGCACCAUCCCGCUCAUUGUGACAGGAACUCCCUCGAAAGGCUUUGAUGAGAAGGCCUACCUGUCGGCCAAGCAGCUGAAGGCCGGAGAGGACCCCUACAGGCAGCACGCCUUCAACCAGCUGGAGAGUGACAAGCUGAGCCCAGACCGGCCCAUCCGGGACACCCGCCAUUACAGCUGCCCGUCUGUGUCCUACUCCUCGGACCUGCCAGCCACCAGUGUCAUCAUCACCUUCCACAAUGAGGCCCGUUCCACCCUGCUGCGCACGGUGAAGAGUGUCCUGAACCGAACUCCUGCCAACUUGAUCCAGGAGAUCAUUUUAGUGGAUGACUUCAGUUCAGAUCCGGAAGACUGUCUACUCCUGACCAGGAUCCCCAAGGUCAAGUGCCUGCGCAAUGAUCGGCGGGAAGGGCUGAUCCGGUCCCGAGUGCGUGGGGCGGACGUGGCUGCAGCUACCGUCCUCACCUUUCUGGAUAGCCACUGCGAAGUGAACACCGAGUGGCUGCCGCCCAUGCUGCAGCGGGUGAAGGAGGACCACACCCGCGUGGUGAGUCCCAUCAUUGAUGUUAUCAGUCUGGAUAAUUUUGCCUACCUUGCAGCAUCUGCUGACCUUCGUGGAGGGUUCGACUGGAGCCUGCAUUUCAAGUGGGAGCAGAUCCCUCUUGAGCAGAAGAUGACCCGGACAGACCCCACCAGGCCCAUAAGGACGCCUGUCAUAGCUGGAGGAAUCUUCGUGAUUGACAAGUCCUGGUUUAACCACUUGGGAAAGUAUGAUGCCCAGAUGGACAUCUGGGGGGGAGAGAAUUUUGAGCUCUCCUUCAGGGUGUGGAUGUGUGGUGGCAGUCUGGAGAUCGUCCCCUGCAGCCGGGUGGGCCAUGUCUUCAGGAAACGGCACCCCUACAACUUCCCUGAGGGUAAUGCCCUCACCUACAUCAGGAAUACUAAGCGCACUGCAGAAGUGUGGAUGGAUGAAUACAAGCAAUACUACUAUGAGGCCCGGCCCUCAGCCAUUGGGAAGGCCUUCGGCAGUGUGGCUACGCGGAUAGAGCAGAGGAAGAAGAUGAACUGCAAGUCCUUCCGCUGGUACCUGGAGAACGUCUACCCAGAGCUCACGGUCCCUGUGAAGGAAGCACUCCCCGGCAUCAUUAAGCAGGGGGUGAACUGCUUAGAAUCUCAGGGCCAGAACACAGCUGGUGACUUCCUGCUUGGAAUGGGGAUCUGCAGAGGGUCUGCCAAGAACCCCCAGCCCGCCCAGGCAUGGCUGUUCAGUGACCACCUCAUCCAGCAGCAGGGGAAGUGCCUGGCUGCCACCUCCACCUUAAUGUCCUCCCCCGGAUCCCCAGUCAUACUGCAGAUGUGCAACCCUAGAGAAGGCAAGCAGAAAUGGAGGAGAAAAGGUUCUUUCAUCCAGCAUUCAGUCAGUGGCCUCUGCCUGGAGACGAAGCCUGCCCAGCUGGUGACCAGCAAGUGUCAGCCUGACGCCCAGGCCCAGCAGUGGCAGCUGUUGCCACACACAUGAUGGUAGCCCUGGGACCUCCUGUACCUUUUGCAUGAGACUUUGGGACCGGAAGGGGGUUAGGGUGGGGGAGUGCAAAGCGGGCUGUUCCCAUCUCCUCACAUUUCCGCCAGGACCAUCAGCAAAUACCCACCAUGACACACGUUCUCCAAAGCUUGUUCCAGGAGGGCGCAGGCGGGCGUGCCCCGAUGCCCUCAGUGCUGUCCUGGCCUUGCCCCGGGAGAGGAGAUGGUCAGGGUGCUGGACUGUUGCUGGUUAGAGACUGAGUAGGUGCCCCUGGCCCUUUGUUCUCUCCCUUGGCGCUUCUUGGGGCCGGGACAAUAGUGUGUGGCCCCACACUAUUGUCCCCUUUGUUGCCUGGAGAGAGCAAGGACAGAAGCCCACACAGGGGUCUUUUGGGUCAUGAGGCCCAGCUGUGCAGGCAGGCAGGGCCAGGGGAAAUUGGGCAGUGUGGGUGGAGAGGCUGAAGGCUGAGAAGAGGGAAGGGGAGAGGGGCAGCCUGCAGGGGUAGCUAAAGAACGGGAAGGAGGUAAGAAGCCCGGUGACCUGCCAGAGAUGCCAAGCCCAGGGUGGCGGUGGGUUGGGUGGGGAUGGAUGGUGUCUUGGCAGCAAAGGAUGGGUAAUUUGCAAAUGAACAUGGAUAGAAGAGAAGCAAAGCACCAAAAGAACAAGAUCUCUUACCCAGGACGCAGUCCCUUCCACACUUUACCAGCCCCAGGGUCUGAGCCUGACACUGCCUCUUCCGGUCCUGUGCCUGUGGGUGCCCACAUUCUUAGCAAGAGGCUGCAGAGGGAUCUUUAGGGGACAAUUCGGGCGUAGUUUAUUAAACCGACUCCACUUCUGUUUGGCCAUGUGUCAGGCUGAGACCUCUCUCUUGGGCAUUAAUGAACAGCUAGUGCCCUGUCCCUGCCGCCAGGACCCACUGAAAGGACGGGUAGCCACACACAUCCCUGAGUAGCCCCAGCCUCGUUUGUCAUUUUUGACUCCUGCUUUCUCAACGGUUUUUGCCUCUGUCAAUACAGCAUCAUGGGUGGUUGGAAAGAAGGGAACUUCCUUUCUGGACCAUGAAUAGCCCCUAAGUCAUUAGGGCUCAACCUCACCCUUAUUCCCCUCCCCGCUACAGAAGCCCCUAAGUCAUUAGGGCUCAACCUCACCCUUAUUCCCCUCCCUACUACACGAGGGAUUUUCUUGAAGGGUCAGCUAUUGCACUGGGCUGGGAGGCUGGCUGUGGCUCCUGUUUGUGAAGAGAACUCCCAGUUCCUUUUCACAGCCACUGAGAACACAUCCACACAUCUACCCCACGGCCUUGUCUUGGAACUGCUCCUGCUAUCCCCACACCCUGCUUCCUCACCCCACUGGCUCUUGGGCAAAUGACUGUUGGUACCAGGACCCUGGGGGUCUCCCCUACAAAGCAGACCAGCCUGGGGCAGAUAUACGUACCACAGGAGCCCCCUGUCUUUCAUAGGCCAAGGAUCCACACACCCAUAGAGUUCAUGGAUUCCAGAGGGUCUAGCAAUCUCUUGAAAUUGUCCCUAAAAUACUGCGUGUGUGCAUACAUGCAUUUUCCUGGGGAAAAAGUCCAUGGCUUCUAAAAGAGGUCCCUGAUCCCCCAAAGGGCCUGAACCUCUGCUCUGGAUUGAAGCCACUGUCUGCCCAAGCUGCCACCCCCUAAUCUUCCUCCCUGGUGUGCUCAAACUGCCAUCGCCUGCUCCCUCCACGCGGCCCUUGGGGUCAGCAGCCAAGUGUCUGUGGUCCGCAGCACCUCCUCUGGAGGGCUCUCCAGCAGUUUCGCCUCCUGGCUCUCACCAGCGUCCUCUCGGCAGCACUCCCGCGCCCAAGCACACCCCUCUGGACUUGCCAGCGCAGGGCCCUUCGCCCCCCAGGGCCAUGCUUUGCCUGUCCUCUGUCGUGAUGUUUCUUCCACAGCCAGGUGCAGCCUCAGAUCCCCUGUUCAUCUGGGAAGCCUCCUGCCACAGCUUAGGACAGAACUGGGCCCAGGGCAAAGGCCUCUCCCCAGAGGAUGGACUAGAAGGCCUGGGCCACACUCAGGCAUGGACCUUUGGGGCUGGGGAGCAGGGGCUGCUCCUGUUGAAUGUAAGAGGACUGCUGACCAGAGGGCCUUCAAGAGGGUCUCUCUCUCCUUUGCUGUGGUCGGAUCAGGCUCUGCACUUAUCAGCCGGUCCUUUGUGGCAACUCAGCCCUAUUCUGUUUUUGCUUUUCCUCUUCUUGACCAAAGCAUGUGCCACUAGCUGUCCUUGAGGACCUCGUCUUUAUGAAACACACACUUGGAAUAAAACCACUUCUUACAUGUCCACAUGCACCAGCGCCUUCCUUUCUGCCUCCAGGCUUAGCCCUUCAGCACACCCUCCCCCGCCUCGUGGGGAAAGUCAGGGCCUCCUUUCUGUAAAAGUGAAACUGAACAUGCUCAAGUCUAGCCCUCUCCUGCACCUGGUAGCUUGCUCGUCAGCCUCCAUGCCCUGUGGUGCCCCAGGAACUCCUGACUGCUCUGGUGGGGGCCAACAGGUGGCCCUACUGCAAGGGCAGGCCUUGGACCAAAACCAGGAAUCAGCGCAGGUCAGGUGGAGCCCAGGCUCCUGUGGCCUCAUUAUGGGAUCCUACUUGGGGCUUAGAAAUGGAAAGCAAAUUGCUUCUCCAAAUAGGUAUUGCCCUGCCGCCAUGCUUGCCUUUAGCCAGCCCUCUCUCCUUCCCUGUGAGCCAGCCCUGUCCCCUUGGAGCUGCCCUCCUGUGCUCUACCACACAAGAAGGCAGUGGUACAAAUUCAGGCAGGACAUACUUCCUGGGUAAAAACAGCAAAAUAAUUCUGAAAAGAGUCUUACCAGACCAGCUUUGCUUGAUUGGGUAGCAGAUGCUCUGCCUAAUGUUCCCAUGGAAACCAAUGGAAAACCCCCACCAUGUCUGUGAUCAGAAGCUGAACCUACCCAGGUAAAAAUAAACGCUGCUUCAACAUACAUGUGAACUGCAGUUGGCAGGCCAGCACACCACUAGCCUCUCCUGGACGCAGCCAUUUCUGCCCUCAGCCCCACUUUGCCGUAGGGCUGCUGAUCUGGAGUUACCCAGAACUUCUGACCCCUGGGCCUGAGGAGCCUGGAGCAAAGCCCUAGCUGGCUGCAGAGAAUACACCUUGGCUACAAUGUCCAGCUUGGUCUGUGCUUAGGAGCAAGUCACUGUAAAAGACCCUGGCUGCAGUCUCCAUUCCCCCAUCCACCCCUCCGUCCUCUCAGGGAGCACAGCCCACCACCCACCGCCUACUCAGGGCUCCCUCCUGGCGUGCUGAGCCCCAUUUCCGCUCUCCAUCUAUUUUCACCCUCGGCCUUGGAGGGCUCUGGUGCUUGCUUCUCCUGACUCAGGCUCUCUCCUCUUGCUUGCUCUCCUCCAAACCUACCUCUCCCAAAGCCCAUUUUCUGUGCCACCCAGUUUUUUCCCUAGGAAUCAGCCUAGGGCCUUUAGCCAGCCCCUGGAGGAAUCAGCAAAAGCCCCAGGCUGGGUAUUAACAGUUGCGUCACUGGCAGGAGAGUCCCCUGAGAGCCUAUGGGUGGGGCGGCAGGAGGGACUUCUGCACCGGGGCCAGACUCCCAUUUGUACAGCAGGGAGCAGUUCCUGAGGAUCCCUGGGCCUCUGCGACUUGGCUUCAGUUUUUACAAGGGCUCUUCCCCCAGCCCCUCAGGAAGGCUGUCUCCAUCUGCAGUUGGGAGAAAUAACCUGGACAAUAUGACUGUCCUCCCAGGGGUCCAGCACCCCAAGGCCUGCGGGGGAUGUCUCCCAGCACUGCAUGGGGUGUGGUCCUCUCCCACCAGGGAACAGGAAAGGAAACCUGGAAGGGAAAGGCUGGCAUUUAUAACGUCUGUAAUUUCAUUGCCAACAAUGUUCUCAGUGUGUUUGGUA